GCGGGAGAGGCGGGCUGGGCUGCUGGGAGGACCCGGGGACGGAAGAGGGUGGCUGUAGGCCGGGCCCCGCCCCGGGGCUGCUUCCCAGUGGGUUCCGUUGGCCGUGGCUGCCGCGGAGGCUGUGGCGGCGGUGGCCGCCGGGCGGGCGUAAGAUGGCGACUGCGGCGGCGGGAGCCCUGGGCCUCCUGUGGGGCUGGCUGUGGAGCGAGCGCUUCUGGCUGCCGCAGAACGUGAGCUGGGCCGACCUGGAGGGCCCGGCCGACGGCUACGGCUACCCGCGCGCCCGGCACAUGCUGUCUGUGUUCCCGCUGGCGGCAGGCGUCUUCUCCGUGAGGCUGCUCUUCGAGCGAUUUAUUGCCAAACCAUGUGCACUCCAUGUUGGCAUCGAAGAUAGUGUUCUCUAUCGGGUCGAAUCCAAUGAUACCCUUGAGAAGGUGUUCAUAUCUAUUACUAAGUAUCCUGAUGAGAAAAGGCUGGAGGGCCUAUCAAAGCAGCUGGACUGGGAUGUCCGAAAAAUCCAGUGCUGGUUUCGCCAUCGGAGGAAUCAGGACAAGCCUCCAACGCUCACUAAAUUCUGUGAAAGCAUGUGGAGAUUCACUUUUUAUUUAUGUGUAUUCUGCUACGGAAUUAGAUUUCUCUGGUUGACACCUUGGUUCUGGGACACUCGACAGUGCUGGCAGAACUAUCCAUAUCAGCCACUCUCAAGAGAGCUUUAUUACUACUACAUCAUGGAACUGGCCUUCUACUGGUCUCUUAUGUUUUCUCAGUUUAUAGAUGUUAAAAGAAAGGACUUCCUGAUCAUGUUCGUGCAUCAUUUGGCCACUAUUGGGCUUAUUACCUUCUCUUACAUCAACAACAUGGUUCGAGUGGGAACUCUGGUUAUGUGUCUCCAUGAUUCCUCAGACUUCUUGCUGGAAGCUGCCAAGCUGGCCAAUUAUGCCAAAUAUCAGCGGCUCUGUGACACCCUCUUUGUGAUCUUUAGUGCAGUUUUUAUGGUUACUCGUCUAGGAAUCUAUCCAUUGUGGAUUCUGAAUACAACCCUCUUCGAGAGUUGGGAAAUGAUUGGGCCCUACCCUUCCUGGUGGCUCUUCAAUGGCCUUCUCCUGAUCCUACAGGUUCUGCAUGUCAUCUGGUCUUACCUGAUUGCACGAAUUGCUUUUAAAGCCUUGAUCCGGGGAAAGGUGUCUAAGGAUGAUCGAAGUGACGUAGAGAGCAGCUCAGAGGAGGAAGAUGAGACCACCCACACAAACAACCUCUCUGGCCGCAGCUCCAGCAAUGGUGCGAACUGCGUGAAUGGCCACAUGGCAGGCAGCCACUGGGCUGAAGAGCAUGGGACUUGUAAAACUGUUGGCAACCCACUCUUUGGGGCCUCCCCUCAUCUACAGUCCUGUGACUAGAGGGACCGCAAGGCACUGAGGAGGAUCAAAGAACCAAACAGUUUCAUGUUUUCAAGAAACUGCUGUUUUGUAUUUAAUGCCCCCGGUCCUUUCAGUAAUGUUAUUUGCUCUGUGUUUGUCUGUUUUUGUUUGUUUGUGCAUUGUGCAUAUGGAUGAGUUUCAUCGAUUGGGUUGGGGCACAGUUCUGGACCACUAGGCAUUGCCUAGUCACUUCUGAAUGUACCUCAAGCCCAGCGUUGGCUGCAUCUUGAAUUAUGCUGUCUCCAGACCAUCUACAUCCUUGUCUCCUGGCUCUUGAGGCUCUAAGUUCCUGGUCCAUCUAAAUAAAAGGUGCCACCAGAUUCAGCUCCAGGCUUUGGGAACUUUUUCUGGAGAAGGAAGCAAUGUUUCACUUGAUAAAGGACUUUGGCUAGAUACCCAAGGAUCACUGUGGCCCCUAGCUACAUUCCCUUCCUACCACCUGAUAGUGACAGGGACACUACUGAUGCCCUGCUCUUUACUCAAUGGUACGCAGGGAGGGGGAUGGGAGAGGAUGAGCUGAGAUAUGGAGGGCAGCAGCCACUGGGUGUGCUGUUAACGGUUUUAUACUAUUGUUUACUCUUCUGUAAUUAAAGUGUUUCAACCCUC